AACUGUUAGUGUCAGGUUUUUGGACUUUUCCUUCCCAGAUCACAUCAACGAGUAAAAAGACAUGGCGAGUGCAACGACUAUUCCGGACGACGACAUAUUUGCUGGACAGAUUCGUAUCCUCCAAACCAUGGGGUUUCCUGACCCAGACAUCAAUAGACGGGCUUUAACAAAAGCUGAGGGGAAGAUAUACACUGCGAUCGACUUUAUUGUCUCUGGAGACGUCGACGCUCCUGAGACAAGCACCGCACACUCUUCAAAUGCCUUUGACUUGUCUUCAUUUGACCCCUUAUCCUCAACGCCCUCAAAAGCAAAGUCUUCGACACCCACAAGUUCGAAUCCCACGUAUAAAUAUACGCCUUUGCCGCCUGCCAAACAGCACGCCAUAUUUCAGCUCCACCAGAUGGGAUUCAAGCAGGAGGGAAAGGCUCGACAUGCGCUACAUAAAACAAAUUGGAAUGUCGAGGAAGCUGUGGUGCUUUUGUUGGAGAAAGAUGGUGAAUUGGACGAAGGUUUUGAUCGCGUUGGUGGAAGCGGUAGCGCACCGCAACAUAGGCAGCACACGUCCCCCUUUGAUGAUCUGGCUGGACUCCAGGCGGGGGGUGCCUCACCUUUUGAAAGUGACGUUUGGAAACUCCAGCCAUUUUCAUCUUCUGAAGCACGCCAUCUAGCCUUUCCCACUCCCAAACCUGCGUUCUCCUACACGCCCCAGGAUCAAGGGCAGCCUGCCUCUCACACCUCCGCAUUUUCUUACACACCUUCACAUCCUCCGGCCCAAACUCAGGCGCCGAUUGUAGAUCCUUUUGCAGAUGAUUUCAGUAUCGACAGCCUUCCUCACUCGCUUACGCCUCAUCCGAGAUAAGCUGGGGGACACUAGGAUAUACCAAGUGAUAUCCCAUGAAAGGGCUGAAGGAUGUAGCAUUCUCGAUAUCUUUGGGAGUGAGUUUAUAGGAUACAUAUUUUGGAAGCUUUUGUAAUUAGCCUUUAUCGCAAAUGGCAAAUAACAUCGUAUUUUUAAACCGC